AUGGGUGUCCAUGGGCUUUGGACCGUUUUGCAACCUUGUGCGCGGCCCAUAAAAUUAGAGGCACUGAAUAAGAAACGCUUAGCGGUUGAUGCUUCGAUCUGGAUAUAUCAGUUCUUGAAAGCUGUACGUGAUAAAGAAGGGAAUGCUCUUCGUAACUCUCAUGUCGUUGGCUUCUUCCGUCGCAUCUGCAAGCUGCUUUACUUCGGAAUAAAGCCAGUUUUCGUCUUUGAUGGUGGUGCGCCGAUUCUUAAAAGACAAACGAUAGCUGGCAGGAAGAAGAGACGGGAGGGUCGCAGAGAGGAUGCCGUACGAACCGCCGGGAAGCUGCUUGCCGUACAGUUGCAAAGGUCUGCGGAGGAAGAGGCAGCCAGACGCAGAGAUGGUGCGCCCAGAGAGCAAGAGGAAGUCCCAGAUAAUCCGGUAUAUGUCGAAGAUGCUGGUAUGACCGAGAAAGAGAAGCACCAAGCUCGGUCAUUCAGGAAAAAGGAUGCUUACCAUCUCCCGGAGUUGCAUGUCUCACUGGAAGAGAUGGGAGCUCCGAACGAUCCGCGGAUUAUGUCUCGUGAAGAACUUGAGGAAUAUGCGAAACAGUUCUACAGAGGUGAAGACAUCAACCUAUACGAUUUCUCCAAGAUCGAUUUCGACAGCCCAUUUUUCAUGAGCCUUCCUGCCACGGAUCGAUAUAAUAUCCUAAAUGCCGCACGACUACGAAGUCGACUGCGCAUGGGUUAUUCUAAGGAACAGCUGGAAAACAUGUUUCCAGAUCGUAUGGCCUUCUCAAAAUUUCAAAUUGAGAGGGUAAAAGAAAGGAAUGACCUUACUCAACGUCUGAUGAAUAUAAACGGCAUGAAUGGUGAAGAUGCUUUUUAUAAUUCGGGCCAGCGGAUUGCUGGAGAGCGCGGUAAGGAGUACGUGUUGGUCAAGGAUAACGCCGUGGAAGGUGGUUGGGCCCUGGGUGUCGUAGGAAAUAAGGAUGAAGGGCGGGAGCACAAACCUAUCGAUGUCGACCAGUAUGGCAAGCAAGAAAUUCUUCCGGAGAAGGAUGAAGAUUCGGAAGAUGAUGGGGGCUUUGAGGAUGUGCCCAUAGAAGGCCUCAACCGUCUUCCCAAACUUGAGUUCCUUCGGGAAGGCAUCUUCGAUGCUUCGAUCAGACAGCAGGUGCAGGAGAAUACCGAGCGAAGGGCCACUCCAGGUCUGCCACAGAGCCAUGAAGAUGACUCUCUUUUCGUGCAGGAGGAUGGACACGAAAGACUACACCACCGCGAACGUCGUGCUAUUGACGAUAUAUUUGAGAUGGAUGGAGAGAAUCAAGAUGAAGAUCUUCAAAAAGCGAUAGAAAUGUCGUUGAGACCCACGUCUCCUCUAGAUCAACAUGAUAGCGACAUGCCAGACAUCUCGAUCAACCGUAGCAGUGCUCCUCUAGCUCCGCUCAAAGAAACGAUACCAAGUUUCAGUCCCGACAGCGAUGACGAUGGCUUAGACUUUGCAACUGCCCUAGCGCAGUCGAAAAUGGCGAAGAAAGACCCAAUCUCGAAUAAUCCUUUUGAUGGGCCUCUUCCUUUUGAGUCUAUCAAGCUUGACAAGCCCUUCAAAACGAAAAAGCCCCAAUAUGAAGAGCUCGAUCAGCAUGCUGGUGGCUUCGAAAAAGAACCAGCAAAGAAGACAAAAGCUGAACAACCGUUACCACCUUGGUUUUCUGGAGGGAGCUCGACUGCCGAGUUUAUUGCCGAUACUGAUGCAGGUGCUAACCCAUUGGAAACUCAUCGGGAUAGUACUAGUACCAUAACCCCAGACCAUGUUUUUCUGAAAAAUCAUCAAACCCCAAAAGUCAUUGACGUUGAUAUGCUUCCUAGCACAAAUGAGGUGGUUGACUUGGAAGCGAACUCUGAGUGCAAACAGCCUCGGGCUACACAAACGCUGGACAAGACAGAGACUCCGACAAAGGAUACUACGACUGCAUUCCGUGAGAUUCCUCCGGCAGCUACUGAAGCAACCGACAUCUCCGGACGAGUUUCUAUUGCAGAGGCUGCCCAUGGACCAUUUACUUCCCAUGAUAUAGAACCUAGUAGGGAUGAGCAGGCAGACCUGUUGCGUACUCAACCGUCGCCAUCUCCCGAGUUUGAAGAUGUUGAACUACACCCAAAAGAGGCGAUAACCGAUACUGUUGUUCCUGAGAUGGAAUCACAAAGCCAUCGAGUUGAUGAGCUUGAAGGUAUCAUCGGGGAAGAUGAUGGGUUUUCAGAUCCAGAAGAUGAGGAAUUAAUGCGACAGCUUGCAGCCGAAGGUGAAGAGCACGUCCGAUUCGCGGCUACAUUGAACUCUACGUCGCACACCGAGAAUACAUUUGAUUACGAGCAGGAGCUCAAACAACUGCGGUACCAACAAAGAAAGGAUCGCAGAGACGCCGAUGAAGUGUCUCAAAUCAUGAUCUCUGAGUGUCAGCAACUCCUAACGCUGUUCGGCCUGCCAUACAUUACCGCGCCAAUGGAGGCUGAGGCUCAAUGUGCAGAGCUGGUAGCAUUGGGCCUCGUCGACGGCAUUAUCACUGAUGAUAGCGAUAUCUUCUUGUUUGGAGGUACACGUGUCUAUAAGAACAUGUUCAACCAGGGCAAAUUUGUCGAAUGCUAUCUUACUUCUGAUCUGGAGAAAGAAUACGCCCUCCAUCGAAGGAAACUUAUCAGCUUUGCCCAUUUACUUGGCAGUGAUUAUACCGAAGGUAUACCCGGCAUUGGACCUGUUACAGCGCUGGAAAUUCUCACUGAGUUUUCUAGCCUGGAGGAGUUCCGCGAUUGGUGGACCCAAGUUCAAAUGGGAAUGAACUUAUCCGACGGGGAGCAUGCAGCUUUUUACAAGAAGUUUAGGAAGCAGGCUUCGAAAAUCUUCCUGUCACCUUCUUUCCCGAAUGGCCAGGUUGAUGUGGCAUAUCUCGAACCCGAAGUCGACUCGGAUCCAUCUGCCUUCCAAUGGGGAGUUCCCGAUUUACAUGGUCUGCGUAAUUUUCUGAUGGCGACGAUCGGAUGGAGUCAGGAACGGACCGAUGAGGUCCUGGUGCCAGUUAUCCGUGACAUGAACCGCAGAGAACAAGAAGGCACGCAGUCUAACAUCACGGCUUUUUUCCAGGGGCCGCAAGGGGCCGGUGCUUUUGCACCGCGCGUCCGCAGCGGAGGCCAGAGCCGAAUGGAAAAAGCAUUCAACCGACUUCGACAGGAAGCCGGGAGCGAGACAGUCCGAUCUAAGCAAAGUACCGGAGCUGAGACCAACUCGGUGGAGCAUUCGGAAAGCACUGGCUCCUCCCAACCUCCACAAGGGGAGAAAAGUACGGGCACUAAACGGAGUGCACAAACUAAGGAUAGUGUGAGUGGUGACGAUGUCACCGGGAAGAAACGAAGGACCCGACGAACUAUUACAAAGAAGUGA